UCAGAACGGUAAACUUGUGGAUGUUGGUUUGAUCAAUUUGAAUACGUUUUGUUUUCGUUCUAAUUUUAUUUCUGGAUUGAAUAUUUCCUGACCAUGUCGUUAUUCCCGGCUUAUUCCACCGAUGUCAUCAGCAAUUCGGAAGCAUCAGUUCCUGCCACAAAGAAUGAACUAUCCUGGCUAGCCAACCAGAGUUUUAUUCCGUUCCCCAGCAGUACAUCCCGGGAACAAGAAACCUCAGAAUCGGAUAAAUCACCAGAGCCAAGUAACAGUAGUAAAAGGCAGGACAACCGCAAGCAUAAAAAGAAAAAGCGGAAACAUCACAAAAAGCGAAAGCAAGCCAGUAGUUCUGAGGAUGAUAACACAUCGAAAGACCCAGAGCCGAUUCGAAUUUCCGAGCUGGAUUACUACACUGAUUUGGAAGGUUUGCGGAUAUACCUAACUGUGGAGACAUUGCAUCGUCCGGCUUGUCCUCGGUAUCGGUUGGGACCGUACCGGUUCAAGAUGAAUUCCGGCUUUAACGUAGACCGAGCACAGCGUUUCUACAGGUAUUUUAAAAAGGCGAAAAAGCUGAAAGUUGACGAUGAGAAGUCGUCACAGGAUACCAGGAAUGUGGAGUUUGAAUUGGAAAAGGCAGCUCGACUGGAUGAUUCCGUGGAAAAGUGGAUCGAAUAUAUCCGCUAUAAGGAAGAUAAUCCGGUGCAUUUUGAUAGCUAUCAGAAUCACAAAGCGGAACUGGCGAUUAUUGAAAAAGCGAUGCGGCACCAUCCAGACGAUGGCAGAUUGCUUAGUUUAUAUCUGGAAGGAAUUGUGAAGGUUUUUCCCACAGAUCAAGUGCUGGUAAUGAUUGAAAAAAUGAUCGCUAAGGAUAACACGAAUGUUCUACUGUGGGAUGCGUUGAUCGAUAAUAAGCAAUCGGCAAUGGCUCAAUGCAUUGUUCCGAAUGUGUUAAAGCUGUACGAAAAGAGCAUUCCAUCGUUGUUCAUGGCAAAGCGGAACGAUGAAGUUAUGUUGAAGUUUUUCAAGAAAUGUGCUAUCUUUUGUCGCCAGGCAGGUCUUUGGGAGCUGUUCUUUGGAUUUAUGCAGAUGACGAUUGGAAUAAAUGUAAGCACAAACUUUGCCGAUGGAAAGGAUCUGUUCGCUUCACCUGAGCACUUCACUCAGUUGAUCGAGUAUGAGGAACUCAUUUUGAAAUCGGGUCUUCCAAUGAAUGAAAUCUGGUUAAGGAUCGAGAAGCUUCGUGGGGCUUUUCAUUUUCUGCCAUAUAGAGGUUCUAAUAUGUGCAGUGAUCCGCAAAGAAUGGUUCUCAACCAGGACAUUGUGGGGUUUGUUUACCCACUGAUUAAUCGGGAAUAUACCUUCGACUUGGUGAUUCUAAUUCUUAAACUAAUGAAGUAUCCGUUUGAGAGCAAUGCAUUCGAAAGGUGCUCAUUUUUUAAAGCCGAACCGUACGAAUCGGACCACUCGGAGCAACUGUUGCCACUCUUCUUGGACCUGAACAGAAGCAGAAAGAAUGAUCCGAUAAUUUUGAAUUUGAUUAAAGAAUUGAAUACGCCACCAUCGUUCAUCAACACAAACCUUGCCUUCGAAUCGUAUUUGGAACUUAUGCGAGAGUUGCUAGUCGUUGCAUCCGAACAUUUUUCCGACGAGAAAAACAUUAUCUUGCUUCUGUUGUAUCUGAAACUGGAACGAAUCUUGAUUGUGUUUGAUAAAACAGCUGAAGCUCUGAGUGAACAGCGGAAAAAAUCCAGUCGAUCUCGAGUGAAAAAUCUUUUGAAAAAGAGCAAGUAUCAAAACGAGCUCAGUUUGUACAUUGAGUACGGACUGAUUGAGUACGAGUUGGACGGCCUCAGCGAAAACUGUCUGAAAGUGUUCAAUUUAUCUGUCCAGGUGUUCUGCUCUCAGCAUGAUCAGCUCUGCGACAACGAUAUAUUUACUCUGGUGCUUAAGAUGACGGAAAUUUUGUUAAAGUUGCACCAGAAACCGCAAGCAAUUUAUCUGCUGACUAAGCUGGCUCUAAAUCCCAAAGAGAUCAAUUUUAAUGCUAUGGACGAACAGACGAGAGAUUCCAUUAAACUAUUGGCCCUACAGAAGUUGAACGAACGUGUGACGCGUCUUGUUCAAGAUGACUCUCAGGGGGAGCUCAUGCAAUUGGAGCAGUAUUUCAUUGUUAACCCGCUGAUUAAUAGUUUAAAAGCAUACCUCUACUAUCUGGCUAUGAUAAAAUCUAAAUCGGAGACCAUAAAAAAACUUGAAGGAUUCCUUUUUCACUUCAACAACCCGGACAACCAAAAACACACAUACAUUCGUGAGCAGAUCUUCGAAAUCUAUCUUAAAAUUGUUGAAUUUCGAACGGAGGAAUUCACUAACAAUUGCCUUCUGCAGGUGGUGGACCGUGUGUUGCACGAGUAUCCGGAAAAUCUAACCGCCAUCCGAAUGUGUAGUUUCUCCGAAUUUCUCUCCUGGUUUCAGAUUCGUACUAUCCUGGGCAAACACCUGACAGUGCGAUCGGUUUUGUUGAUGACGGUCGCCGGUCGGGUUCGAGAUCUAUACCUCACCAAAGCAACACUUCUGGAGAAUCAACGGGAAGGAGACACCUAUAAGCGGCGCAUUCUGAACCUAUUGAAGCAUGCUGUCCGCCGAGAAUCGUCACUGCGACAAAAUGCUCUUCUAUGGAGACUGUACCUGAGGGAACUGUUUGAUCAACCGACGGCAGUCGGUGGAAGUACGGAUAAUGUUCUGGAACAGUGUCGGAAGACACUAUAUAUGGCGCUAGAAGCGUGCCCAUGGAACAAGUCGCUCUACCUGGACGGAGCGUUUUUUGCACCUCCGGAGUUAGCUCACCUGCUGGAUCUGCUGAUGGAGAAACAGCUGCGGCUACACGCCAUACCGGAGGAGUUGGAGAUACUGAGGAAUGAAUGAAUGCGUUGAAUAAUUUGUGUUAUCGGGAUGCUUGCUGGAUCAGCAUUUCUUGAAGUAUAUAUGAGCUGAGUCACAAUGGUCGACGCUAUGAAUAAAGUCAUGAAA